AUGAAACUACUCACGGCUCCGAAAUACCUGUCCGAUGCGAUAUCGCCGAUUGUUACCCUGAACUACCUUGUGGGACUUCGCAUUUUCGAAUAUCCUCGUGGAAAAUUACGCAUCGUGCCGAGCCUGAUCUACCUCCUGUUCCUGCUCAGCGUUUUCUGUGUGUCCACAAAUGCAGAAAUUAUAUUCUUCAAUGAUGAUAUUCUACAUGAUAAUAUGUUGAAGCUAGAGCGUGUUUUGUACAAAUUCCUAGCCAAUAUAAAAGUCUUCUUCACUGUGUAUGAAAUGCUUCAUGGUUAUUUUUACACGAAGACAGUCAACGCAUGCUACCGAAAAAUGAUCCAGAUCGACGAGACGUUGCGACAACUUGGAUCAAUGUUCAACUACAAUGGAAUAUACUUUUUGUCAAUCGGAUCUGUAGUUGUCUGGUUCUUGUAUAUCCUCUGUAUAAGCAUCUUGAGGGAGGAGGAGAUGAAGGAUUACGAGUCAGAUCUACUAAGUGUAAUUUGGAUAGUUAUAUCGGACAUACAGGCAACAAGCAUCAGACUCCUCGUCAUCUUUGAAUUUUCAAUAUUCGUGAGGUAUUUGCAAACGAGAUUCAAAUUACUUAAUAAAUUACUGACAGAAACGAGAUUCAAGUUACUUAAUGAAUUACUGACAGAAAAUGUGGAAGUCUCGAUGACGGAGGAAAAAAAACGGAAUCAUUUUGCUAUAAAAGAUCAUGCUGAAAGCAUAGAUGGCAAACAACAUCAAAACAUUUUUUCUAUAAAAGUGUUGUCUCAGUUGAAUCCGCAACUGCAGUCCCGAAUACGAAUUUCCAUAUCAGGAAAACGUGAUCUCAUUAGAUCGCGAACUCAAUCUCGUCUGCCGUCUCAAUUUCAAAAAUUGUUUCAAAUGGAAUUUCAAAGCCAAUUUAAAAAUCAAUUCAGAGAUUCUAAUUCGGUCCGAAGACAGACGCAUCUGGAACUGUGCAAGAUAUUAAAGACGCUGUGCAUCAGUUUUGGCUCGCAGAUAAUUACAAAAUACGUAAUAUUUGAAGCAUUUGGUGAAAUUAUAUAUUCAAGUUCUUACAUAUUGGUAAUCGUUCUCAUAAAUUUCGUUUGCAAGCACGCGACCAACGAGGGAAUGAAGACCAGCGCGAUCAUCCACGAGAUUUAUGGAUGCUGCCCGGAUACUGAUAUACGGGAAGAGAUUCAGCAGUUUGAUCUUCAAAUAGCGCAAAGCCCCGUGCAGUUCUUCAUGUUUGGCAUCUUGUUAAAUUACCCGUUUCUAAGCUCGUGUUUGAAUACUGUGACGAUUUAUGUGGUUAUCAUGAUACAGAUGAGCAACUCACUGGAAUCGAAUAAAAACAGUUGA